CCCUCCCCUGAUUGCAGCGAAGUGCUCAAAACGCCCGAACCCUCCCACGAUUUUGAAACCUCAUUCACAGGCGAGGAGAAAAAAAAAGAGGAAACCCUCCGAUCCCCACCCUCUCCAAUGGCCGCUCCGCCGCCGACGCUCACCCUGGCGGUGGAGAAGGGGCCACGGGAGGGGGAGACCCGGCAGUGCAGCGCGGGCGCCGUCCUCCGCGUCGGUCGCGUCGUCAAGGGCAACGAUCUCGCCGUGCGCGACGGGGGAGCGUCGCAGCAGCACCUCGUCAUCGAGUUCCUCCCGCCGCCCGGCGCCGGGUGGGCCGUCUCCGAUCUCGGGUCCUCCAACGGCACCCUCCUCAACGGCAAGCCCCUCGCGCCCUCCGUCCCCGCCCCGCUCUCCCACGGGGACCUAAUCAAGGUCGGCGAUUCGACCGUGCUCGCCGUCUCCAUCGCGCCUGAUUCGGAUCCCAAGCCUGUCGCCAACCCCAGUUCCAGGCGCUCCUCGCGCCAGACGGCGGUGGUGGCACCGAUGGCGGCGGAGGAGAAGCCCCCUGCGGUGACCCGCCGUGGCGCACGGAAGAAAGCGCCGCCGGCCGCCCAGCACCCCGACACGCAGAAGGAAGAUCCAGAGGCAGAGGGAGUGGCGGUGGAUGAGAAGCCCCAGGUGGUUACGCGCCGGGGAGGACGGCAGAAGCUGGCUGCAGCGGAGCCCCUAUUUGAGAUGGAGGAGACUGUGGAGGCGCCUCACCGUGGAGAGCAGAGGAAGCCCGUGGAGCCUUCUGCACCAGAGAAUGAGGAGGUGGAUAAGGAGGAGGCCACGGCGGUGACGCGCCGUGGCAGACGGAAGAAUGCUGCGCAGCCCCCUGAACCAGAGAAGGAAAAGGAGGAGGCCACAGUGGUGACGCGCCGUGGCAGGCACAAGAAUGUUGUGGAGCCCUCUGAACCAGAGAAGGAAGAGGAGGAGGCCACGGCGGUGACACGCCGUGGCAGGCAGAAGAAUGUUGCGGAGCCCUCUGAACCAGAGAAGGAAGAGGAGGCAACAGCGGUGACGCGCCGUGGCAUGCGGAAGAAUGUCGCGGAGCCCCCUGAACUAGAGAAGGGAAAGGAGGAGGAGGUCACAGUGGUGACGCGCCAUGGCAGGCAGAAGAAUGUUGCGGAGCCCUCUGAACCAGAGAAGGAAGAGGAGGCCACAGCGGUGACGCGCCGUGGCAUGCGGAAGAAUGUUGCGGAGCCCCCUGAACUAGAGAAGGGAAAGGAGGAGGAGGUCACAGUGGUGACGCGCCGUGGCAGACGGAAGAAUGUUGCGCAGCCCCCUGAACCAGAGAAGGAAAAGGAGGAGGAGGCCACAGUGGUGACACGCCGUGGCAGGCAGAAGAAUGUUGUGCAGCCCCCUGAACCAGAGAAGGAAAAGGAGGAGGCCACAGUGGUGACGCGCCGUGGCAGGCAGAAGAAUGUUGUGGAGCCCCCUAAACCGGAGAAGGAAGAGGAGGAGGAAGCCCCGGUAGUGACAAACCGCAGAGGGAGGAAGAAGAGUGUGGUGACGGACGCCCCUCUGCAAUUGCCUCCGAAGAUGAGGUCAGUAAGGGGCCGUGGAAAAAAGGCUAAUGCAAGCGACAUGGUUCUUGAGGAUGUGGAAGAGCAGGGAGGAAAUGAGUUGGCUGUAUCAAGAGUUCGUCCUGAGGACCUGCUUGUUUCGAUGACAUUGAAGGCUGCUAAGGCGCAGAAGAGGGAUAAGGUGGCAUCUGGGGAUGGAGACGUAGAAGGGGCUGCAGUGUCAUUGGAGGAGAAAGUGCCGAAGGGGAGGGCCAGUGCUCGGCUUGCCACUUUCGAUAAUGGUGCCAAUGCGGCUGCAGUGCCCAUUGAAGAGAUGGAGGAGGCUGUGGAUGCAACGCUCCGAGGGAGGCGGAAGAAGGCCGUUGAACCUCAUGAACCAGAGAAGGACGAGGAGGAGGGCAUGGUGGUGACACGUCGCGGGAGGCGGAAGAAGAACAUGGUACCGCAUGAACCAGAGAAGGAAGAGAAGGAGGACAAAGCCCCAGUGGUGAUGCACCAUGGCGCAACGAAGAAGAAUGAGGCGGCAGUUGCUGCUGUAUCACUGCCUCCAAAGAGGAAGUCUGCAAGGGGCCGGGGCAGGCCUACAAGGGCCAGUGCAAUGAACACAGUUCUUGAGGAGGAGGAGGAGGGGGAGCAGGGGGGAAAUAAGUUGAGUGCGUCAAGAGCACGCACAGGGAAGCCACCGACUUCGACGACGGUGAAGAAGGGGGAUAAGGCAGCAGCUCUGGAUGGAGAGGUCAAAAGAACUGCAAAGGCGUUGGAGGAGAAAUUACCAAAGAGGAGGGCCGUUGCUAAGCUUGCUGCUAACAAUAUCUCUUAUGCGGCUGCAGCCGAGCCCACUGAAGAGAUGGAGGAGGCUACAGAAGCGUCUCACCACGGGGGGCAGAAAGCCAUGGAGCACCCUGAACUUGAGAAUGAUGAGGAUGCCACCAUGGUGACGCGCCGUGCGGAGAGGAAGAGGGCUGCUAUGGUGAAGCGCCGUGUUGCCGGGAAAAAGGAUGUGGUGGCGGGGAUGAGGUCUGGAAGGGGACGAGGAAGGGUUGGAAGGACUAGUGCAAGGAAUAACGUUCCUCAGGAAGACAUCAUGGUGGUAGACAAGGAAAAUGAAUUGCCUGUGCCAAGAGAGCUGGCUGGGAAUCUGCCAGUUGUGACCGUGGUGAAUGCGGGUGAGGAUAGAGAAGUCAAAGGAACCAAAAAAGCAGUGGAGUCUGAAUUGCCAAAGGGGAGGGCCAGUGCCCAGUCUUUUUCCGACAACAAGAGUGAGGAGGAACAGGGUGGUGCGAACAGUUCUUCUAGAGUUGCCAGUGCCCAGUCUUCUUCCAACAACAAGGGUGGAACAAAUGGUUCUUCUAGAGUUGAUUCAGGAUCUAAUGGAAUCCCCAACACAACAAGCAAAUACAGAGAGGAUAGAAAACUGAAGCCGUACUCGACUCCCUUUGAUGUCAGGCUGGAUAGAGCUCUGAAGAAAUACUCUGCAUGAGUUACUGCUUGCUAAGUUUAAGAGUUAAAGAUGUGUUAUGAUUGUGUGGAUAGGUUCUGUUUCUACUCUGUAGGAAGAAUGACUCGUAGAUUUUGGAGUCUGAAUCCAACUGAAUUUUGUGUACAUUGAAAUGGAGAUGCAUGUUUCGUUCCUAUGCCUGAUACAGAAGUUCAAGAAAAAUAAAUGCUUGUUUGUGUUUUUA